AUGAUGGGCUCGGUGCUGCCGGCGGAGGCCCUGGUGCUCAAGAGCGGGCUGAAGCCGCCGAGCCUCUCGCUGGCCGAGGUCAUCACGUCGGACAUCCUGCACAGCUUCCUCUACGGCCGCUGGAGGAACGUGCUGGGCGAGCAGCUCUUCGAGGAGAAGAACGGCGCCGGCCACGGCAACCCCAAGACCGCCUUCACGGCCGAGGUGCUGGCCCAGUCCUUCUCCGGAGAGGUUCAGAAAUUAUCCAGUUUGGUGCUUCCUUCGGAGGUGAUCAUCGCCCAGAGCUCCAUCCCUGGGGAAGGGCUGGGCAUCUUCUCUAAAACCUGGAUCAAAGCUGGCACAGAAAUGGGACCCUUCACUGGCCGGAUCAUCUCCCCGGAACACGUGGAUCUUUGCAAGAACAACAAUCUCAUGUGGGAGGUCUUCAAUGAAGAUGGAACAGUCCGUUACUUUAUUGAUGCCAGCCAAGAGGACCAUCGCAGCUGGAUGACGUAUAUCAAGUGUGCCAGGAAUGAACAGGAACAAAAUCUGGAGGUGGUCCAGAUUGGCAACAGCAUCUUUUACAAGGCCAUUGAGAUGAUCCCUCCAGACCAAGAACUUCUAGUCUGGUAUGGAAAUUCCCACAACACUUUCCUGGGCAUCCCAGGAGUGCUGGGCCUAGAAGAGGAGCAGAAGAAGAAUAAGCAUGAGGACUUCCAUGUGGCAGAGGCCGGUGCCAGCAGCACUGGGCGCAUGCGCUGUGUCAUCUGCCACCGUGGCUUCAAUUCGCGCAGCAACCUCCGGUCCCACAUGCGCAUCCACACUCUGGACAAGCCCUUUGUCUGCCGUUUCUGCAACCGCCGCUUCAGCCAGUCCUCCACCCUUCGCAACCAUGUGCGCCUCCACACCGGCGAGCGCCCGUACAAGUGCCAGGUCUGCCAAAGUGCCUACUCCCAGCUGGCCGGGCUUCGUGCCCAUCAGAAGAGCGCCAGGCAUCGGCCCCCCAACGCCUCCCUGCAGUCUCACUCGCACUCACCCUCGUUGCCGGUGCCGCACCCCACCUCCCUGGCUCACCACAUCCCUACCAUGGUGCUGUGA